AUGGAGAAGAAAAGUUUCUCAGAGAUCUUGAGCAAUGCUGCUUUGGAUUUGAUACCUUAUGAAGAUCUUUACCGACAUUUCCAUGCUCAUCCCGAACUCUCACUUCAGGAAAAAGUCACUUCUGAAACAAUCGCUUCCCAUUUAUCACAGCUUGGAGCCUAUGAAAUCCACACAAAGAUAGGUGGAUAUGGACUCGUAGGUAUUCUCAAGAAUGGUGUGGGGAAAACAGUUCUUCUGCGGGCCGAUAUUGAUGCCCUUCCCGUAAAGGAAAAUACUGGCCUCCCCUAUGCGAGUUCAGUGAUCAUGUAUGAUUCCGAAGGUAUUGAGAAACCAGUGAUGCAUGCUUGUGGUCAUGAUAUGCAUAUUACUUGUCUUCUUGCGGCCGCAGAAAUGCUAGCGAAAAUCCAGGAUGCAUGGAGUGGAACUUUGAUCGUGCUCUUCCAGCCAAACGAAGAGAGGGGCGGAGGUGCCCAGGCUAUGGUGGACGAUGGACUUUACUCCAAAAUUCCGAUGCCAGAUCAUGUUUUCGGUCAGCAUGUCAUGCGAAUGCGUGCUGGAACUGUUGGCUCACGACCUGGCACAAUUAUGGCUGCAGCCGAUAGCUUAAAAAUCACUCUCUACGGUCGCGGUGGCCAUGGGUCAAUGCCACAUCAGACGGUUGACCCUGUACUCCUUGCUGCACACGUAGUCCUGCGACUUCAAAGUAUUGUGAGCAGAGAGAUUGACCCGAGUGAUCUUGCUGUCUUGACUGUUGGAAGCCUCCAGGCAGGACAGACAGAGAAUGUUAUCGCGGACAAAGCCGAGAUUGGGGUUGAUUUCCGAUCAGUCAAACUAGAGACACGUUCGAAGAUCCUGUCUGCCAUCCAACGCAUUGUUGAGGCUGAGUGCCAAGCUAGUGGCUCGCCAAAGCCACCAUUGAUCACACAGACAAGACGGUUUCCGCCAACUGAUAAUGAUCGCCAUUCAGCAUUACAACUUUCCGCGUCUUUCGGAGAUCAUUUCUCAGAUUUCGAUGCCGAUACACCAAGGACCAACGUCAGCGAGGACUUCUCUACGCUGGGCACUUCCCAGGGUAUUCCUUAUUCAUUUUGGUUUAUCGGUGGAGUGGAUCCAGAGCUUUGGGACCAGGCGGAGAAGAAUGACCGUAUGGAGGAGAUCCCUGGGAAUCACUCCGCUCUAUUUGCACCUGUCAUCCAACCAACUUUAAAAACUGGUAUGGAUGCGCUGUGUAUUGCAGCUUUGACAUUUUUGAGAAGGUGA